AGGAGAUCCAUGUUGCAACUAUUGCCGAAAUUUGCAGCUUGGCCAUGUUAUUGAGGUUCCUCUUGUUGCAUGUGGCUGCAGUGGCUGCAGAUGACACGAUUUGCAAUUUGCAAAAGCAACAUUUCGGAGGGUUAUUAGGCUUGCAGCGCGAUCUUGAGAAAGAUGGAAGUCGAGACCGGCCAAACGGUGUGCAAGACUUGUGGUCAAGGCCUGGCUUCGCGUUCAGACAGUGUCCUAAGGGGACAUCCUCACAGUCGAAAGUCCAACUGCUUGCAAGGCCUCACCUAAAGGAUUUGCCAUCAAAGCCAAAGUGUUUGCCUAAAGAAGUGUUGAUCGGAGACUUCGUAGGAGAUUCCUACGAGUUUUCCUGUUGCGAUGCCGGGGAGCAAUGUGGGGGUUGCCGUGCUGUGAAGGAUGGCGCUUGUCAGAAGUGUGCUGCUGGAUAUGUGAUGCAAACAAUCCCAGUCCUCGGCACUUCCAAAUGCUUCGUUUGUGACGAUGUUCCUAAUUGGCAUGACAUGCACGGGCAAAGCUGUGCAGACCUUCAAAAGCUUGGCAUGUGUUCAGGAGCCUGGCCGAAGGAGGAUCAAGAUGUUGCAUUUCAGGGAGUUAGGCCAAGUGAAGCAUGCUGCGCCUGUGGCGGGGGUAGCAUCUACCCAACUCCUGUCUACAUGCCUUUGCAAAGUAAAUCACUGCAUUUUGGGCAAAACAUUGACGAAACCCCGAGCCCCAUCACAGCAGGAGAGCAGAUGGUGGCGCCAGGAUGCACACUAGCAUCAUCUGGCCUUGAGCUUGGUAAAGAUGGCCGUAUCUCCGGAGAGGUCACCAUGAGUAAUCAAACAGUGAUCAAAUGCUCCACUGUGUCGGUGCAAGAUCCAGUACGGGGAAUUGUCGCCAACAUAGAUUUGUCAGUGCCUGUCUCCACUUUUUCUUAUGGUCAACAGACUGUAUUCUUCAAGUUCUGGGGUUUGGACCGCACUCCAUCGCGGCAGAUUGUCCGCCUUCGGUCCAAGAAUCGUAGAAAGCUAAAGCUGACGAGUUUUCAGCUUCAAUGCGAUCCUGCAUGCCCAUGGCUUUCGAUCACUUCCAAAGGUGACCUCCUCUGGAAUUCAACCAACGGCCAUGUUCCCCAUGGCAGAGCUGGCUCUCCUGUUGCGUCAGAUGACUUGACGGAGGUGACUACAUUGGCAGGAAUGCCAUCUUGCAGCUGCCAGGUGCUUGCAACCUUGCAAACACAACAAGUCUCUACACAGUUUUUGGCAGCUCAGGCACGCCUGUGGAAAGGAGCAGUGUGGGAUGUGCCCAGCAUCGUGGCUCGCAUCUCUACAGAGAUUCUGGAGGUGCCACUUUUGGAAGACCUAGGACCUGGCCUACGCUGGUACAAUCGCUCCGGCCAUGUCUUGCAGGUUCCGGUGGUGCAAAACAUUGAGACUGGAGAGACCUUCGUUGUGUCUGAGUCCAUCUCUCCAACGAUUUUGGAUGUGGAUUGCAAGGAUCAUCAAGGAAGGAUUUUGUCAUGGUCUCGCAAAUCUGGUGAGGUGAUGUUGGACAACGAGUUGGCCUUCCAACUGGACCCGUCCACGGGUGCCAUCAGCGGCACUCCUCGCUUGAGCUUGCCCGCCACCCAGGGCCGAGCUGAGGUCAACGUGACCUGCCACGUGGCGCUGGGAGGCCCUUUCUAUGAUCAAGCCCUGCCAGUAGCUAUCUUCCACAUAAGGCUGUUGGAUGAUGUUUGUUGGGUGCCCCGCAAUAUUUCGGGACACUUCCGUUGGAAGGAGAAGUCCGUCCAGGAACCACAGUGCCUCCAAACAUGCCGACUGCGAGACGAUUGUGCAGCCGUCCAAUACAAGGAGGACACUUGCAGGUUUAUGGUCAGUGAUGGGAAAGAAACAUUUUUGGACGGUCAGGUGCUGGUGCGGCUGAACAAUUGCUCAGAGCAAGAUGCUAGCCUUAACUUGGCUGUGCCUGGAGCCCAGUAUCUUCAAGGAGAAUUCGGAGUGAUGAACUUCUACCAGAAUGAUGCCUCGUAUUCUCGUGCCGGAUCGCUUCCUGAGCGACAGUUGGUUUUGGGUCGAAGAGCAAGCGUGCAACGAAUCCCUGAAUCUUGUGCAAAGUCAUCAUGGUUCCUCCUCCACAUUAACACCUCCGACUUCGAAGAUUCAACGUUAAUCAAUGCGCCAGAGUUCUUUGGGGAUACCAUCGCUUGUAUUGACUCCGACGUGGUCAGCAAGGCCUUCAAGCAUGGCCAAGAUGCCUUCGACUUGCGCUUGCUGCCAAGAGAGGUUGAAUCAACUCCCCUCUAUGAUCAGCCUCCUGCACUGCAACACGGCACACUGGCUUUGGGGGUGCCACCCUGCGAGAAGCCAAGCCAGGACUUGCUCUUGGGGACCUUGAGCGAACCUGGCAUUUAUUCAUUGCACCCAUGCGAAUGCUUCGGGGCAGCUUAUGCAAGCGUCGAGCCUGUGCACGAAGACUCUGAUGCAGCGGUGCCACGCAAUCCGCAGGGCUACUUCAACAACGGCUCUGUUUCCGACCAGCUCUUAUUCUCCGGCCCGUACACCUGCGAAGAGUCUGCCUCUGUCGGGCAUUUCAGCCACCUGGAAAUGGACGAAUGUCAAAGGGCCUGUGUUUCCAAAUCUGAGUGUCAGUUCUACUUGUUUGGAAAGACUGCCCAGACCUGCACCUUGUUCCAGAGCUGCAGCUACAUCCAAGAUGUUGGCCUGCAGAUCACGAACGAGGUCUAUGGAAUGUCUCCUGAGUUUGGUUCUUAUUGCCGCAUCGCAAACCCAGAACAAUGUUGGCAAGAGAUCAAGCGCCGAAGCAUGCUGAGUUUCACUCCAUCGAAUUUGCCCAGCUGCCUUUUCCAAGAGCAAUAUGAGGCUUGCGAUGCGCUUCAGCUUCUUCUUGGAAAGCAAGAUGGUCCUUGCAGCCGCUGCCAGUACAUUGAUGCCUCAAGUGCAUUUGCUGCGGUUGGUCUCAAGAAGGUUCCACCCCCAGAAGAUUUUCCAUCGGCCUCACAGAUUAUGGUCUCUUGCAAUGACACUUCCAGAAUGUUUAGCAGGCUGCAGAAUGGUCUUCGCUGGGAAGGUCCAAUGCAAGGUGAUGCAACCUUUACGUGCGUGAGCGGUGAAUGGGUUGGUGAACUUGGCCCUUGGCAAUAUCUGACGAACUUGACGUGCCAAGCUUAG